UGUUCAGUCAUCAACAGCAUUCGUGACUGGCAACGUCGCUUCGUUCGUCCCGUCGCCGAAAGAAAUCGAGAAUUUCAGAAGAUAUUUUUUGGAUUCUACUUCUGCCCCAUCAAGCGGAGCUUCUUCUUCUUCGCCGCGGCGCGGGUGUGUGUGCGUGUGUGCCCCCUUCUCUCUCUGGUCACUCUGUCUGGUGUGCGUGUGUGUGUGUGCAGAAGAAUCCCCAUACCCCAUACCACCCCACCCCCACAACAACAACAACAGCAACAACAACGAUAACAACAACAACAAAACAACAAUAACAACCGCAACAACAAAACAAAAUGUUACAACAAAUUAUUAAGUAAAUCAAAGAAUGCAUCUCGCUUGCCAAGAAGAAGAAACGUAAAGAUCAUAAACAAAAAUCACACACAACCAAAAAACAACAACAAAACAAGAAGGACUAAACGAACGAGAAACUGUUUUAUUAUUUUUUUCAAGUGUAUUUUUUGUUCGCCAAAAAAUAUGUGCGCGUGUAUGAGUGUCGAGUGUGAACAACAACAACAACAACAGCAACAACAACAACCGCAACAAGAGCAACAACAACGACAGCAAACAUGUGCAAAAUAAGCCAAAGCAAAAAGCAACAACAUAAUAAUAAUAAUAAUAUAAUAUGGCUUGAAAAUAUCACACAUACAACAACCACAACAAAAACAAAAAACAAAACAACGACAGGCAACAAAAACCAAAACAACUAGAAACCCUCACCAUUCAACAACUACAACUACAACAAUUCCCCCACACAACAACAAAAUAAAAAAAACCCCAAACCCCCCAAAAAAUUAAAAAAAUCAAAAUAUAAAAUAUUCAUUUUUCGGAACUAAAGUGGAAGAGAUGAAAAGAAACAUACCCAUAAUAAUAAUAAUAAUAAUAACAUAACACACAUAAAUUGGCUUAUUUAUGAAUUUUUUUGGGCACGUAACAGAAACAUAAUACUUAAGGUGUAAAUGUGAUGACUAAAAAACAAAACAACAAACAAAAACCAAUAUAUUUAAUAAGCGACUAACAAAUAUAUCGAAACGAAAAAAAGGAGAAGAACAAAUAAUGCCAGGCCUUAUUAGCCCCAAAUUGGUAGAACCAAAACACUGAGAGAAAACCCAAAACGGCGAACAAACUGAGAAUUAUUGAAUUAACCCAAGAAAGCCCACGAAUGCAGCCAACAUUGCCACAAGCCGCUGGGACAGCCGAUAUGGAUCUGACGGCUGUUCAAUCAAUCAACGAUUGGUUUUUCAAAAAGGAGCAAAUUUAUUUAUUGGCACAAUUUUGGCAACAGCGCGCUACCCUGGCCGAGAAGGAAGUGAACACACUCAAAGAGCAGCUAUCCACCGGCAAUCCCGAGAGCAACGCCAACAGCGACAACAGCGACACAGCAGCAGCAGCGGCAGCAAUUGUUGCAGGUGCAACAGCAACACACGACAGCGAGGAGGAGCAGCAGCAUCAGCAGCAGCAGCAGCAGCAGCAGGUGGAAAGCGACAGCGACAAGCUGCUGAACAGCUCCAUUGUUGCAGCGGCCAUAACGCUGCAGCAGCAGAACGGCAGCAAUCUGCUGGCGAAUACAAACACACCGUCGCCCUCGCCGCCGUUGCUCAGCGCCGAGCAGCAGCAGCAGCAGUUGCAGAGCGGUUUGCAACAGAGCGGCGGUGUCGGCGGUGUCGGUGGUGUCGGCGCCUGCCUCAAUCCGAAGCUCUUCUUCAACCACGCCCAGCAGAUGAUGAUGAUGGAGGCGGCAGCGGCGGCAGCAGCGGCGGCAUUGCAACAACAGCAGCAACAGCAAUCGCCGUUGCAUUCGCCGGCGACUGAAGUUGCAACAAGCGCAGAGCAGCCAGAAGUUGCUGUUGCAGCAGCAGCAGCAGCAGCAGCGGCAGCAGCAGCAUCUCCGGUUGCAACUAGCAACAAAAAGAGCGGCAGCAACAGUAGCAACAUCAAUCACACCGGCAACAAUAGUAGUCACCAGGACGAGGAGGAACUGGACGAAGAGGAGGAGGACGACGAGGAGGAGGAUGAGGACGAGGACGAUGAGGAGGAGAAUGCCUCGGUGCAGUCGAAUGCUGAUGAUAUGGAGCUGGAUGCACCGCAAGAAACCAGAACUGAGCCAAGUGCAACAGCCCAACAGCAGCAGCAGCAGCAGCAGCAGCAGCAGCAGGAUGCAGAUCUUGAGGAGCCCAAGGAUGCGGAGGAGGCUAGUUUAAAUGUUAGCAAUAAUCACACAACCGAUAGCAAUAAUAGUUGUAGUCGAAAGAACAACAAUGGCGGCAAUGAAAGUGAGCAACAUGUGGCCAAUUCGGCUGAGGACGAUGAUUGCGCCAACAACAAUACGAACACCAGCAAUAACAACAACACCACCAGCAACACAGCCACCAGCAACACCAACAACAAUAAUAACAAUAACAAUAACAACAACAACAACAACAACAACAGCAGCAGCGGCAACAGCGAGAAGCGCAAGAAGAAGAACAAUAACAACAACAAUGGCCAGCCUGCUGUUUUAUUAGCUGCCAAAGAUAAAGAGAUUAAAGCACUUCUGGACGAACUGCAGCGUUUGAGGGCGCUGGAGCAGACGCACUUGGUGCAAAUCCAGCGACUGGAGGAGCACCUGGAGGUCAAGCGCCAGCACAUAAUGCGAUUGGAGGCGCGUCUGGACAAGCAGCAGAUCAACGAGGCGCUGGCCGAGGCCACCGCUUUGGCGGCCGCUGCUGCCACCACCAACAACAACAACAACAACAACAGCCAGAGCAGCGACAACAACAAGAAGCUGAGUACGGCCGUCAACACAACCAGCACCACCACCACCACCACCACACCGCUGGACACCUCAUCCUCCAUCCUUGGCGAUCUGCCAGAGGCAGCAAAAGCCACCGUUCCGGCGGAGGAUGAGGACGAGGAUGAGGACCAGGAUCAGGAUCGGGAUCAGGAUCAGGCCAUGCUGGUGGACUCCGAGGAGGCGGAGGACAAGCCAGAGGAGCCGCUCCACCACGACGACGAUGACGAGGAGGAGGAGGAGGAGGCCGAGGAUCGGGAGGCAGUCAAUGCCACCACAACCGAUAGCAGCGAGCUCAAAAUCAAAAAGGAACAGCACAGUCCGCUGGAUCUGAAUGUGCUCAGUCCACAAUCGGCCAUCGCCGCUGCAGCUGCGGCCGCCGCUGCCGCCGCCUGCGCCAACGACCCCAACAAAUUCCAGGCGCUGCUCAUCGAGCGGACCAAAGCUCUGGCCGCCGAGGCGCUCAAGAAUGGCGCCAGUGAUGCCAUCAGCGAAGAUGCCCACCACCACCAGCAGCACCAGCAUCAGCAGCAGCACCACCACCACCAGCAGCAGCAGCAGCACCACCACCAGCAACAGCAGCACCACCAGCAACAUCUCCAUCAGCAACAUCACCAUCAUUUGCAGCAGAACAGCGGCAGCAACAGCAGCAGCAAUCCGGCGGCCAACGAUAGUUUGAACCACCAUCAUGGCCACCACUUGCACGGCCAUGGACUGUUGCAUCCGUCGGCGGCUCACCACCUGCACCACCAGGCGGCGAACGAGUCCGGAUCGAAUUCGAGUACACCGACAGCCGCUGGCAACAAUCCGAGCAACAAUGGCUCGUCGAACAGCAGCAAUGCGACGGCCAGCAGCGCGGCCACCGCCCAACUGGCCGCCAGUUUGGCCAGCACGCUGAAUGGCAGCAAAUCGCUGCUGCAGGAGGACAGCAAUGGACUGGCCGCCGCCGCCAUGGCCGCCCAUGCCCAGCAUGCGGCCGCAUUGGGACCGGGAUUUUUACCCGGACUGCCGGCCUUCCAGUUUGCCGCCGCCCAAGUGGCCGCCGGAGCAGCCGAUGGACGGGGUCACUAUCGUUUCGCCGACUCGGAAUUGCAAUUGCCACCGGGCGCAUCGAUGGCGGGGCGACUCGGUGAGUCGCUCAUCCCCAAGGGAGAUCCCAUGGAGGCCAAGCUGCAGGAAAUGCUGCGCUACAACAUGGACAAGUAUGCCAAUCAGGCGCUGGACACCCUGCACAUCUCGCGACGCGUCCGGGAGCUCCUAUCGGUGCACAACAUUGGCCAGCGGCUGUUCGCCAAGUACAUACUGGGCCUCUCACAGGGAACCGUCUCCGAGCUGCUCAGCAAGCCCAAGCCCUGGGACAAGCUGACCGAGAAGGGACGCGACAGCUAUCGCAAGAUGCACGCCUGGGCCUGUGACGACAACGCUGUCAUGCUGCUCAAAUCGCUGAUACCCAAGAAAGACUCUGGGUUGCCGCAGUACGCGGGUCGUGGAGCCGGCGGCGCUGGCGGCGAUGACUCCAUGUCCGAGGAUCGCAUUGCCCACAUCCUCAGCGAGGCCUCCUCGCUGAUGAAGCAGAGCAGCGUGGUCCAUCAGCACCGCGAUCGGGAGCAGGAGCGUCGCAGCCACGAGGACUCGCACAGCAACGAGGACAGCAAGUCGCCGCCGCAGAGCUGCACCUCGCCGUUCUUCAAGGUGGAGCAGCAGCUGAAGCAGCACCAGCAGCACCAGCAGCACCUCAAUCCCGACCAGGCCGCCGCCGCCCAGCAGCGGGAGCGGGAGCAGCGGGAAAGGGAGCGGGAGCAGCAGCAGCGACUGCGGCACGAGGAUCUGGCCCAGGACAAGAUGGCCCGGCUCUACCAGGAGCUGAUCGCACGCACGCCCAGGGAGACGGCCUUUCCAAGCUUUCUCUUCUCGCCGUCGCUGUUUGGAGGAGCCGCUGGCCUGCCGGGAGCAGCUGGCAGCGCCUUUCCCGCCAUGGCCGACGAGAACAUGCGUCACGUCUUCGAGCGCGAGAUUGCCAAGCUGCAGCAGCACCAGCAGCAGCAGCAGCAGCAGCAACAGCAGCAGGCGGCACAGGCCGCUUUCCCCAACUUCUCCAGCCUGAUGGCGCUGCAGCAGCAGGUGCUGAACGGGGCCCAGGAUCUCUCGCUGGCGGCCGCCGCCGCCAAGGACAUCAAGCUGAACGGACAGCGCUCCUCGCUGGAGCACAGUGCCGGCAGCAGCAGCAGCUGCUCCAAGGAUGGCGAACGUGACGAGCCGUAUCCCAGUUCGCUUCAUGGCCGCAAAUCCGAGGGCGGCGGCACUCCGGCACCACCAGUGCCGAACUCAUCGGGUUCAGCGGGACCAGGGGCAGCGGGAGCAGGAGCAGGAGCAGGAGCAGGAGCUGGAGCUGGAGCAGGCGUGCCAGUGACACCAUCCAGCGGUGGUGGUGGAGCCAGCUCGGCGGCACCCAGUCCGCUGAGCAACUCCAUACUGCCGCCGGCGCUGAGCAGCCAAGGGGAGGAGUUCGCGGCCACGGCCAGUCCGCUGCAGCGGAUGGCCUCCAUCACGAACUCGCUGAUCACACAGCCGCCGGUGACGCCGCACCACAGCACACCGCAGCGGCCCACCAAGGCGGUGCUGCCGCCCAUCACCCAGCAGCAGUUCGACAUGUUCAACAACCUGAACACCGAGGACAUCGUGCGCCGCGUGAAGGAGGCCCUCUCGCAGUACUCCAUAUCGCAGCGGCUGUUCGGUGAGUCCGUGCUCGGGCUGUCGCAGGGCUCCGUCUCCGACCUGCUGGCCCGGCCCAAGCCGUGGCACAUGCUGACGCAGAAGGGGCGCGAGCCGUUCAUCCGCAUGAAGAUGUUCCUGGAGGACGAGAAUGCGGUGCACAAGCUGGUGGCCAGCCAGUAUAAGAUCGCCCCGGAGAAGCUGAUGCGCACGGGCAGCUACAGUGGCAGUCCGCAGAUGCCGCAGGGAUUGGCCAGCAAGAUGCAGGCCGCCUCGCUGCCCAUGCAGAAGAUGAUGAGCGAGCUGAAGCUGCAGGAGCCGGCGCAGGCGCAGCAUCUCAUGCAGCAGAUGCAGGCGGCGGCCAUGUCGGCGGCCAUGCAACAGCAGCAGCAGGCGCAUCAGCAGCAGGCGCAUCAGCAGCAUCAGGCGCAUCAGCAUCUGGCCGCCCAGCAGCAGCAUCUCGUCCAGCAGCAGCAGCAGCAGCAGCAGCAACAUCUUGCCCAGCAACAGCAACAGCAGCAGCAACAGCAGCAGCAGCAGCAGCAACAUCCGCACCAGCAGCAUCAUCAGGCGGCGGCAGCGGCCGCUGCACUGCAUCAUCAGAGCAUGCUGUUGACAUCGCCGGGUCUGCCGCCCCAGCAUGCCAUCAGUUUGCCACCGUCGGCUGGACAGGUGGGGGCGCCCGGCAAUCCGGGCAGUGGCGCGGGCGGCGAGAAGAAACCAAUGCUGAUGCCCGUGCACGGCAGCAAUGCGAUGCGCAGCCUGCACCAGCACAUGUCGCCCACCGUCUACGAGAUGGCCGCCCUCACCCAGGACCUGGACACGCACGACAUCACCACCAAGAUCAAGGAGGCCCUGCUGGCCAACAACAUUGGCCAGAAGAUCUUUGGCGAGGCGGUGCUCGGCCUGUCGCAGGGCUCCGUAUCGGAGCUGCUGAGCAAGCCCAAGCCCUGGCACAUGCUGUCCAUCAAGGGCAGGGAGCCCUUCAUCCGCAUGCAGCUGUGGCUGAGCGAUGCCAACAAUGUGGAGCGGCUGCAGCUGCUCAAGAAUGAGCGCAGGGAGGCCAGCAAGCGGCGGAGGAGCACGGGACCGAAUCAGCAGGACAAUAGCAGCGACACAUCCAGCAAUGACACCAACGACUUCUACACCAGCAGUCCGGGUCCCGGUUCGGUGGGCUCGGGCGUGGGCGGGGCACCGCCCAGCAAAAAGCAACGGGUGCUCUUCUCCGAGGAGCAAAAGGAGGCACUGCGGCUGGCCUUUGCGCUGGAUCCGUAUCCCAAUGUGGGCACCAUUGAGUUCCUGGCCAACGAACUGGGUUUGGCCACGCGCACCAUCACCAAUUGGUUCCACAAUCAUCGCAUGCGCUUGAAGCAGCAGGUGCCCCAUGGACCCGCCGGCCAGGACAAUCCGAUACCCAGUCGCGAGAGCACCAGUGCCACACCCUUCGAUCCCGUCCAGUUCCGCCUGCUGCUGCAGCAGCGCCUGGUCGAGCUGCACAAGGAGCGCAUGGGACUGGGCGGGGCGCCCAUUCCCUAUCCGCCGUACUUUGCCGCCGCCGCCCUGCUGGGUCGCAGUCUGGCGGGGAUUCCCGGCGCCGCUGCCGCAGCGGGAGCGGCUGCUGCGGCCGCCGCCGUUGGUGCCGCCGGCGGCGAUGAGCUGCAGGCCCUCAACCAGGCCUUCAAGGAGCAGAUGAGCGGCCUGGACUUGUCGAUGCCCACGCUGAAGCGGGAGCGCAGCGACGACUAUCAGGACGAACUGGAGCUGGAGGGCAGUGGCGUUGGCGGCAUCGGCGGUGGCGCCGGCAGCGGUCAUGCCCUCAGCGAUAAUGAGUCGCUGGAGGGCGGACAGGAGGAGGACAAGACGGCAGCCAGCGACUACGAGAAGGCGCUGCAUAAGUCCGCUUUGGCCGCCGCCGCCGCCUACAUGUCCAAUGCGGUGCGCAGCUCCAGGCGCAAGCCAGCCGCCCCCCAGUGGGUGAAUCCCGCCGGUGCGGUCACCAAUCCCAGUGCCGUUGUGGCGGCCGUAGCAGCAGCAGCCGCUGCCGCCGCCGCCGCUGCAGCGGACAGCGAGCGGAUCAUCAACGGGGUGUGCGUGAUGCAGGCCUCCGAAUAUGGACGCGAUGAACAGGACAAGCCAUCCGCGGAUGCGGGCAACGAUUCCGAUCAAGAGCAUGCCCAGCUGGAGAUCGAUCAGCGCUUCAUGGAGCCGGAGGUGCACAUCAAGCAGGAGGAGGACGACGACGAGGUGGCCAGUCUGGCCCAUCUGGUCGACGGCAACGACGACUCCACGGCCAGCGAUCACAAGCUCAAGGUGGUCAACGAGGAGAAGCUGCGCAUGGUGCGCGUUCGGCGGCUGAGCAGCACCGGUGGUGGCUCCUCCGAGGAGAUGCCCGCACCGCUGGCACCGCCGCCGCCACCACCACCACCCAGUGGGGCAGAGGGCAACUCCACCGCCACCGCCACCAGCAGCAGCAACAGCACCAGCACCAGCAGCAACAGCAACAGCAGCAGCAGCAGCAGCAGCAACAGCAACAGCAGCAACAGCAACACACCAGCAGUAACCACCGCAUCGGCAUCGGCAACCACGGCAGCCGGUUGGAAUUACUAGAAAAACUAUAUGAUAAUUCAGUGCAAUGUAGAGAGAAGCGUUUACUUGUGAUUAAGUUUGAAUAUUUAGACGAUGUGUGUGGUGAACCAUCCAAACCCAUCAUACAUCUAUACCCAUAUAUAUAUGUAUAGAUAUAUAUAUAUAUAUAUAGCACUUAGGCCCUAGAGAACUCUAUUUUUUUUUUGUUUUUUUUUUUGUCAUUAAACAUUUAACAGUAAACAUUAACUACUAAAUAUAGGCGUUAGUUGUAGCCGUUAAGAUAUAGCCUUAGGUUGAGGAGUUGUAAUAGUUGUAGCUAAAAGUUUAGAGACGCUAUGCGAUUACGAUGGUGGAGAGAUGAGCAGCGCAAAAGUAUUAAAGAAAAUGAGAACCCCAUUUAAGAACACCCGGCUUGCCGACGAACUUUAACCAAAAUGUCGAGAUCCAAUUGAUAGUGAAAGAUUUGAUCUUGCAAAGAUUUUCGAUUUCGAUUUUUCGAUUUGUUUCUACUUGAAGACUGUAAGCAAAGGCGGUAGGAUUGAUAACUACACACGUAAUUCUAUUCUCUAUAUAUACAUAUACAUAUAUAUAUAUAUAUAUA